AUGGCCUUCUUCGAAACCUCGCUGACGUGCGAACAACUGAAAAACCGCCAUCAAGCAGCUUGGUGGCGGACUCGCGGCAGACGUCCGGUCGUCGGCGUUAGCACCGAUAUGGAAAAUGUCACCUUCGAACCCCACGCGACCGUCGACGCAGCAAAAGAAUGGAUCGCAAAGACAUGCCACGUCGUCAGCCGUACAACAGUUACCGACGUCUUCCUGGCACGCUCGCGACAGCCAGUGGGAGCUCCGAUGAUGACGCUCGUCGUCGACCCUAUCCGCGGAAGUCGAGGCUGCGUCCUGAAGAUGUCCCACACACUCGUUAGCCAUGAGACCUUCAGAAUUAUACAAGACUUCAUCACGGAGAUGGCACGUCCGGAAAAUGAACUCGGCAUCGACACUGUCUUUUCCCCAGAAACUUGGUCCGAUAUCAGGCCGAACCUCCCGCAAAGCCUUGCUCACGCAUACUCCAUACACUACCACCCUACCCCGGCAGAUCUUGAAGAAGUAAUGAAAAUCCAAGAGCGCGCACAGGCUCGCUGGUCACGUACGACGAUCGGAAUCCCACUUCACCCGGACUGGCAGACCCGUCCGACGCGGAUCCAUAGUAAAAUCGUCAAGUUCGAACCUGAAGAAGCGGUAGCAGCUUUGAAGAGCAUGAAGAAACUAGGCGUGACGCUUACAGCGGCUUUCUUCGCCUGCAUCACGUCUGCCAUUGCGCAAAGAUACGGCUCAGGCGACGAAGAAGGCGCCCAUCUUCUUUUCAGCGGCAAUGCCAGACGAUGGCUCGAUAUCGAGGAUGGUUACGGUCGUGGCCCUAUCACGAUGGGUAUUAUCCCUGGCGGAAUGUGGAUCGAUUCUAGCGAAGUCGAUAUCCGGGCGAAGGACAAGCAUGGUCUGACGCAGCUGGCUAAGGCCAUUGAGCGUCGCCAGGGUGAUGAUCUUGCUUCCCCGCACGUUAUGGGCCUCUACGAUCAGAUGGCUCCUAUUCUGGCCCAAGGCUUGGCCCAGCCCCAAGAUCCUGCAGCAUUCCCUACUGUUGGUCGUCCUACGCUGACGUCUCAGGGUCCGUUGCGAGAUGAUCGUCCUGCAGGCCCGGGCCAGAUUCAAAUGUCUGAUUUUUAUACCGGUGGCCGUAACACAGAUCCAAAUGUGUGCUUUGGACUGCAUAGCUUCAGGGACGAGCUGAGAUACAGUCUUAUCUUCGAUGAGCGUUUUUUCGUCCAGGAUGAGGUCAUGCAGCUAGCAUAUGCUGUUGCUGGCCUCUUCCGUAGUUUGAUUGCGGAGGAGCUGGUGCCGGCAAAGCUUUGA